CGGCGCGGGGCUAGCUCGGCCGGAACUUGCUGGUUCUGGCCCGAGCUGCUAACGUUAACAAAAACCGCCCAAAUCAGUUGCCGUCCAGUUGAUCUCGCAUAGUCACCUUGUAGGACAGAGCAGCGCUCCCCCUUCAGUGUCCACGGGAAGGUGGGCGGAUUCGAACUGCUGGCCUUUUGGUUAGCAGCCGAACUCUCUGCCACUGCGCCACCAGGGCUCUAGAUUUAGCAAGGGGGCAGAGAAAGUCACAUCUCUCGGCGGGCUGGGCGCUCUCGAGGUGGGCGAGACCGGUACCCUGAACCCUUCGCUCUACUUCCGAUCCCCUUGAACUGAGCUCCUGUGGGCGCGGUGCCCGUGCCCUUCCGCGGUGGAGCUCGCGUAGUGAUUUCUUGGGUUUAUGACUUUUCCAGACCCGUGUUUUUCGGGUGCGGACCCUUCUCGGGCGUGGGAGUAUGUGUCGUAGUGCGCUCACGUCAUCGCGAAGCUGUGUGUUAGGGUCGGGUUUCUUAGCUACGGUGCCCCUCCCUCCUGGAGGCAGGGGGCAGAGUGGUGGGCUGCCUAGGAAGCCUGCGAGCAGUUUAAUAACCAGGUGUGAUACUGGCAGCAGUCAUUGUGUAGCAGUGGAGGUGGCACCAGAAGAUCUGGUUUCUAAUCUCUUUUCUGUCAUUAACAAGCUGCAUAAUCUUAGAAGCUUAAAUGAAAAUGGUACAUGUAACAAGAAACAGUUCUAAAACUCAAAUGCCCAAGCAGAAAUCACGAGUUGAUUGGAGGCGGACUAAAAGGAAUAGUAUCUCACUGUUAUCUGAUAGUGAUGAAGAGAUUAAUAGUGGUGAAGAGUUCACCAGUGAUGAAGAGUUUGAUAGUGAUGAAAGUGUUGAUAACAAUGAAAACGUUGAUAAUAAUGAAGAGCUUGAUAGUAACAAGGGGCUUGAUAGCAAUAAAAAGCCAGAAAAUAAGGGAGAACUUAAAUUAAUUGAAGUUGAAAGCGAAGGACACAGCAGUAAGCAUCUAGUUAACACUGGCAACAGUUCAGCAUAUGAAGAAGAAAAGAACAAAAGCCAACAAAGGAGUAUUGACUUACCAGAUGAUGAAAGUCAUCCAAGUCAGGAGGAGGAGGAUCUCAACAAACACACUGGACAGGUAAUAGAGGAGGAUUUAGAGGAGGAGCACAUCAUGCCAGGAAGGCGAAAAAGGAUAUCCUCUGUGAUGUAUGACAGUGACGGGAGUGACGACAGUGAUGUAGUAGUUAGAAAAGUAGGUGUCAAACGUCCACGUAGAGUGAUUGAAGAUGAAUGUUCUUCAUUGGAGAUGGAGCAAAAAGCACCUGAAAAAACUUUAGCUGCACGAAAGCAAGAACAAUUGCAGAAGCUGGAAGAACUCUCAAAACAAAGAUCUCGUCAGAGAUGCGAUAGUGGCAGAGAUUUUGAGGACUCUGAAAAGGAAUCCUGCCCAAGUAAUGAUGAAGAUGAGGAGGAGGAAGAAGAGAGUUCUGAGGGUGAAAAUGAAGAUGAUUAUAUUAUUGAUGACUUUAUAGUACAAGAUGAGGAAAGUGAUGAAGAGAAUGAAAGCCAACGAGAAACAAAAUUGACUACUUCACAAUUAAAAUUAGUGAAACAGAAUUCUCUUUAUUCUUUUAGUGAUCACUACACUCACUUCGAAAGAGUUGUGAAGGCUUUGCUGAUCAAUGCUUUGGAUGAAUCUUUUCUGGGAACGUUGUAUGAUGGCACUAGGCAAAAAUCAUAUGCACAAGAUAUGUUGACAUCUCUUCACUAUUUGGACGACCGCUUUGUUCACCCUCGUCUAGUGAGUUUAGUUUCUCGAAGUCGUUGGAAAGAGCAAUAUAAGGAGCGGGUAGAAAAUUACUCUAAUGUACGUAUUCUCAAGAAGAAUCCUGAAAACCGUUCCUGCCAUGCUUGUGGAUUGCAUCGCUUCUGUACAUAUUCAGUGCAUUUAUCAGGGAAGUUAUACAAUACCAGGACUAUGGAAACAGAUGAUUUCAUGUCACAUGAUAAGCAGGUGUUUACCGUUGGUAGAAUUUGUGCUGACCGUACCAGGAUUUAUCACAAACUGAAACAUUUUAAAUUCAAGCUCUACCAGGAAUGUUGCUCCAUUGCAAAGAAAGAAGAAGCGGAAGGUGAACAGGUUAAAGAAACAGUGGAAAGAAUUUUCAAUCAGUCAAAAGAAAGUGGCUGGAUUAAGAAGAAAUAUGGUCAACUUGAAGAAUACCUCAGUCUUGCGGAUUAUUUUCAAGAUGAGAAGUUUGACUGAAUUGUAGCACAUUUCCUUCAGAGAAGAUUUCAUAAAUUCCUGUAAAUAUGAAGAUCAUGACUCUUGUUUCCGUGUAUCAUGUGACCUGUAUUUCUAUAUUUUUGUAUAUCUUCAUGGCAGACUAUCUUGUUUAAAACAUAUUUCAUCUUAAUUUCUGUGAAAUGGGACUCUACUGCUUAAUAAAAUUUGUAUCUGAUGUACAUAGAAAGCAUAAUCUGACUAAUUUUUAAGUCAUUAAAUAUAUUUUAAAAUUAUAUAACAAUGGCUUUAAACAGGUGACUGUCAAAUGAAUGAGCUGUUCAUGUCUUGUCAGUUUAGUAGAAACAUGAUAUAUAUUAAAAUGUGUUUAGUCUAACAUCUGCAUGUGUUCAUUGCAUUUAAUACCUGCCUGUGUCUAUUACCCAUUUGCAGUAUUAAGUGAUCUUCGCUAAUAUAUUUUAACCAUUAUCAUUAUCUAAAUCAGUGGGCCAUAGAAGAAACCUCAAUAUAUUAUUCAAUUCAGUCCCCCUUCCUGGGAAUCCGACUGAGUUUACCUGUUCCAGGUAGAGGAGUGCUUUUCUCUUUCCUUAAAGUUUCCCAUAGAAAUGGAUUUCAGGUCUCCAGAGUCUUUCAACCAUCACAUUCAACAAUAAUUUCAUGAUAUAUAUUUUCAUGCUUUAUAAUGCUCUUUCUUUUUUCUAUUCAGUUUUAUCUAGAUAUUAAUGAUUGAAAUGUAUUUUAUUAAUUUUUAUCUAUAACUUUUCCCACAGAAGUAUCUAUGUUAAGGAUGAGAGGAUUGCAGAGACAAAUUUAGCCAAAAAUACUUUAAAAUUGUAUUUCGGCAUCUGCAUUGUUUUGUUCAUCUAAGUUUUCAGUGAAUAGAGUGAACAAAUGGACCCUGUCUGUUCUUUAGUUUUAACACUUACAAGUAGUAUUCUAGUAGAAUCUAUUCUGCUGUGGAAUUUUAGAUCCUUGUGUCUUAAUGGAAGUGUUGGUUGAGCCUGGCUUCAUCAAUUAAGUGGUUCAUGGCAUGGACCUCAGUAUAUGUGCAUACUUAAAAAGCUACAAUUUAUUAAGUCCUUACAUGAAGAUUACUUAGCUACACCCGCUCCUCGCUUAUUGACUAUCUCAUUGUCCUACAUUUUUCACUUGGGACAAUAGUAGAAAAUCUACUAUCCUUCCAUCUUGCACAUUAAUAAUGUACAUCUGGCAGUAACGAACACCAAGGUGUGAGACUGGCUGUGAUGGUUAAGGUUAUAUGUCAGCUUGGCUGGGCCAUGACUCUCAGUGGUUUGGCAGUAUUGUAAUGAUGUAAUUUGGCAAUUAUGUAAUGAUGUAAUCCUCCAUUUUAUGAUCUGAUGUGGUCAUCCUCCAGUUUUCCAUAACAUCAAUUAUCUUGGAUUGAAUUGUGUCCCCCAAUAAUAUGUGUGUUGGUUUGACUAGGCCAUGAUUCCCAGUAUUGUGUGGUUGUCCACUAUGUUGUCAUUGUGUAUGAUUUUCUUAUGUGUUGUAAAUCCUACCUCUAUGAUGUUAAUGAGGUGGGAUAGGCAGCAGAUACGUUAACAAGGCAGGACUCAAUCUACAAGAUUGGAUUGUAUCUUGAGCCAAUCUCUUUUGAGAUAUAAAAGAGAGAAGUGAGCAGAGAGGCAGGGGGACCUCAUACCACCAAGAAAGCAGUGCCGGGAGCAGAACUCAUCCUUUGGACCUGGAGUUCCUUUUUGGAGAAGGUCCUAGUCCCGGGGGAAAUGGAUGAGAAGGACCUCCCUCCAGAGCUGACAGAGAAAGCUUUCCCCUGGAGCUGAUGCCUUGAAUUUGGACUUCUAGCCUAGUUUACUAUGAGGAAAAUAAAUUUCUCUUCGUUAAAGCCAUCCAUUUUUGGUAUUUGUUAUAGCAGCACUAGGUAACUAAGACACUGGUUUUCACAUAAUGACCUGGUCUUUGGAACCUAACCAUGUCCCUAAGUGAGGAGUGAGUGUAAUAUUUUCUGCAACUCAUUUCCUGAAAUGAUCCCUGUUAUUGUAAACAGGCUAGGUAAAAAAAAAAAAAAAAAAACUCAAAAGUGGUAAGAUGCUGAAGUUUAAUGUGUGGAGUGCAUCAAAAGUGUGAAAUAGAAAUUUUAGUCACAUCUCUAUCCUGUCCACAUUUCUCUGGCAUAUGGAAAGAGUCCUUAACUAAAGGGAAUAAAAGUGAAGCCAGAGUUGGAAGGCGAAGAUGAAGCAAGUGUCCAGAAAGAAGCAAGGCAGAGCUGGAGGAGAAGCGAUAAUCAAGUUGGAAGGGUGAAGGAGUAUGAAUGACUUCUAAAAAGAAAGGCCAAAGAAAAGAGAAUUAGCUCUGAAGUAUCUCUGAUGACCCUAGAAGCAGCAGUGUUCAUAUGUAACGGUACAAACAAAAGACAGCUCAAGCAUGAAAGAGCUCCAACUAGAGUGUUUUUUGUUUAUCAGUUUUAAUGCUUUUAUUGUGUAAUACAAGGUAAUGAUUCCAGGGACUAAUGAUGGCAGCUGACUCAGUUCCUAUGUAAGGCAUCUUUUUGGUUUGAAGAACUUUCUCUUUUAGAACAGCAUUUUGGCUGUUGAUCAGAAAAUGCCAGUAGGUAGUUUUUCUCAUGUCUGAGGUCAUUGCAACUGAGAAAGCUACUUCAAUGGGUGUCUGGAGAAUACCAGAGGCUUCUGUGGAAACUCUGGUGGUGUAGUGGUUUAGUGCUACGGCUGCUAACCAGAAGGUUGGCAGUUCAAAUCCACCAGCUGCUCCUUGGAAACUCUAUGGGGCUGUCCUACCCUGUCCUAUAGGGUCUCUAUGAGUCAGAAUUGACUCGAUGGCAAUGGGUAUGGGUUUUUUGUUUGUUUGUUUUAGAGGCUUUUAGGUUCGUAAUAACAGCAAAAGAAUGGCAAAGAGACAGGCUCUUAAAAAAAAAAAAAAAACCCCGUUGCCAUCAAGCCAAUUCCGACUCAUGGCAACCCUAUAUAGGACAGUUUUUUAGACAGGCUAUUAGGAAGUGAGAAUUAUGGAUUACGGAACCAAAAGCAAGUAAUUUAUAAGAAAUGUUGACAAAAUAGAAUUAACUUUUAUAGGUAUUAUCACCUACUAUUUUUUUUAUUUUAUCAAUAUCAAUCAAUAUAACACUAAAUAAAUCAUUUGUGAACAUAUAUGUCUUUGAAUUUUUUUAAAUAUGCAUAUUUGUUACUUAGUGUUAGGAGCUUUAGUGCUAUGGGUAGUAGAGAUGAUACAGAAAACAGAAAUAGACAAGUAAAAGGAAAGUAAUACUUGAAAGAAUUCCUAAGUCUAUACAGAAGUUUUGGGAUUGUGGGGGGACGAUACCAUAAAAAGGGCAAUUGGAUGUAAGCGGUCGUGUUUCCUAUUUUGUUUGCUCUCAGCCUUGUUUCGGGUGAAUAGUUCUAUCCACUUCUCAUUCCUUGGGAGUGUCAUGAAACUUACUUAGACUCCAGUGUGACUGAGGGGUAAUUGGAGCCCGUAAACUACUUAGGGAUAGUCAGCCUUCCCUAACUUGCCACACUUGAUAAAUUGAGGCAGUAAGAGAGGAUAAGUUUGAAGUCAGUUGUGAGUCUUGGUUUGUUACUUCCUAGCUACGUGACCUGGAACAAGUAAUUUCUAUGGGUCUCGGUUUUCUCUUUAUAAAUAGGGUUAAAAAAUACCUAUCUGUCAGGAUUAUUUGUGAAUUAAAUCAAUUGCCUGUGAGUUGAUACUGACUCAUGGCACCCCAUCAUAGGGUUUUCAAUGACUGAUUUUCAGAAAUAGAUCACCAGGCCUCCCAAUGCCCUUCUGGGUAAACUUGAACCUCCAACCUUUUGGUUAACAGCAGAGCAUGUUGAUCAUCUGUACCGUCCAAGGACUUCCUUUGUGGGUUAGGGAAGAUCACAGAUGCUAAACUGUGCCUGGAACAAUAAUCAUUUAAUAAACAGUAGCUGGUGUGAACAGAGAUGAGAACAUUUAUAAUAAUGACAAUUUGAGAUUAAAUGGUUGUAUAAGGGUAAGUGCGUAUUAAAAGAUAUUCCAAAGUGUCCUACACCACAAAAAUAUAGUAUAAACAUUUAUUAAAUGUCUUUAUAAUUUUUAAGGUACAUGGAAGUCCAGCAUAAAAAUUAAAGUUUAUAUCAUUUAGGAGUA